UUGACGUUUUAUUAGCUUUGCUAAGAGCAGAAUGUUUAUGUAUGGUGUUGUUUGUAAUGUAUUGUGAUUUGGAAGUGCUUGUGAAUUUCUUAAUCGCGUAUUAGUUUACGUUUCCCAGUAUAAUUGACUCGUAUUUUCAAUUUCUGUUAACAUUCAAAGGACGAUAUUUGAUUAUGGAUCCGCUUGUGUCAGAUCUUUAUGCCAUCCACGAGGGUAUUAAGGUGGAGCCGGAAUCGAAGGAGAAUACGGCCCAGGAUUCAACGAACACAACACAAUCAGAUAAUUCUGGUCAUCCACCAGUCGUUCCAUCAUCAGUUGCCCAACCAACAACACCUCAACAACCUGCAGCAGCCGUCUCACCAAACCAUUCAAGUGCGGACAACCAGAGUUCAUCGCAGAACGCCACACAGCCAGUGACAGCAGUGACAAAAGGAACUGGAAGCUCAGAUGAAAAAGCUCCAGAUUCAUCAGACAAUGGUAAUAAACCCCGUGCUGGCUGGCCUAAGGGAAAGAAGCGGAAAAAGAGCCAGCGUGAUCAAACUGCUCCUCGACAACCACUGACAGGUUAUGUGCGGUUUUUAAAUGAUCGCCGUGAGAAGGUGCGAGCAGAAAAUCCAAACCUCCCUUUUCCAGAAAUAACAAAACUGCUAGCAGUGGAAUGGAGCCAGCUCCCACCAGCCCAAAAACAGAGCUAUCUAGAUGCUGCUGAACAGGAUCGUGAACGCUAUGUCAGAGAACUAAAUGCCUAUAAACAAACAGAAGCUUAUCGUCUAUUUACACAGAAGCAAGUGGAGAAGAAACAGCGUCAAGAUAAACAAGUAGAGCAAGUUGUCCAAGAGGAUACAGAGAAGGAUGCAGAUUUCAAUGGACUUGACAUCCCCAUAUUCACAGAGGAGUUCCUUGAUCAUAAUAAAGCUCGUGAGGCUGAACUGCGACAGUUACGAAAGUCUAACACAGAUUAUGAACAACAGAAUGCUAUUUUGCAAAAGCAUAUUGAAAACAUGAAAGCAGCUGUCGAGAAGCUGGAGGCUGAGACAGUGCAACAGCAGAGUAGUAAUAAUGCACUCCAGCAACAUCUGGAACAUCUGAGGACAAACCUCUCGGCAGCAUUUUCAUCACUCCCUCUCCCAGGAACUAAUGAGCUGCCCACAGUUGCUACUGUUGACGGCUAUAUAACAAGACUUAAUGCAGUUCUUAUGGACCAGUCAGCUCCAGACCAUGACGGACUUGCAGUCCGUGUGCGAGAGUUGGUCAACAGUUUAGAGUUUCCAGGAUGACCUUUCAGAGUGACUGAAAAAAUAAGGACAUUAUAGCCACAAACUCUAACAGACAAUUUACUAUAAAAUAUUUCAUUUCUCAUCUUAAUUUUCAUUGUACAAGAUACUGCAGUUCAUCUGUACAUUAGCUCUAAAAUAAAGUGAUGUGGGUAUGCUCUCUCAAAUAGCAAUUUCUUAUUGUAAUAUCCUACAAAGACUGGAAACAAUUUUUAAAAAGUGAAAGUACAGUGGUCUAAGUAUGAAAUUGUAUAUUUUAAUUUGUUUCAUAUCAGUAAUUAAAGUAAAAAAUAAAUCUCUUCAGA